UGCCAUUGUUCUUGUUCUGGAAGUCUAGGAACGGGACGGGACGACGCUGGUCGGGUACCGGACGGCAGGUCUGUCGUUAUGACGGGCUCCGGUCCGAAGCUCGGGGUGCUGCUGCUGUUGGCGGUUCUCCUGCAGACUGUGGUCGUCACCAUCACCGUGCUGCACUUCUCCACGGCUCUCAAUUCGAUGAAGGAGACGUUUGCACGGAGCAGCGUUUCCUGCCUGACGGGCGCUGACCUGCAGAGCAUCACGGCUGUACGGGGGGAUCCAUGCUGGCAGGUCACGCAGCAGCUUCACCUGCUCAUUGAGAAGUCUCUGUCUCAGCGUUACCAGAGGCAGAUUUCAUCGGCAGUCAGAGAUGAAGUAUCGCGAGUGCUGCCCUCUCUUGUGAUGGUGGACGCAGCUUCACCUCGCCCCAAAGUCGCAGCCCACGUCACUGGCAGCUAUGCGCCCAAACUGGGCCAAGAGGGAGGAGCUCCGGUCUCCGCUGGGCGGCGAGUUCAAGGCCAGAAGAUUUCGUGGUGGGAGGGGCAGAAGGGGCUGGCCUUCCUCCAGGACGUCCAGCUGGUGGAUGGGGAGCUGGUGGUGCCGCAGCCCGGCCUCUACUACGUCUACGCGCAGACCUACUUCAGACACACCCACUCCCUGGAGGAGGAGGGCGAGGAGGGCGAGGAGGCGGAGGACAGAGGGAGACCCCUGCUGCAGUACGUCUAUAAAAAGGUGAGCUCCUACCCGGUUCCCAUCCUGCUGAUGAAGACGAGCCGAACCUCCUGCUGGUCCCGGGGCUCUCAGUUUUCUCUGCACUCCGCCCACCAGGGGGGGCUGUUCCCGCUCAGCAGCGGCGACCGCCUGUUUGUCACCGUGACCAACGCCUCUGCUGUGGACAUGGACGAGAAAAGCAGUUUCUUCGGCGCGUUUCUCAUCAGCUAGACAAUCAGACGCAGGACUCGGGAUCGCGGGUUGAUUUGGGCAAAUAAACCAGAUCUACAGACGCCGUCGUGAUUUUUUUAAAUGUUUGUGAUGAACUGUCUGGUAAAACAUCAAAUCAGCCUCUGGACUUCUCGAUUAACAGAAAAUGAAAAACUGCAACAGCGAGCCUCGCGGGAAGUCUGUCUUUCUUUUUUUCUGGUUUCGUGGGUGGACAAGAGACUGAUACGUGUGAGAGUUAAUCAGACUUACAUUUAUAUUUGAGCGUGUUAAAGUUGACAGAGAUGACAUUUUCUGUUGUGCAAACAUUUCUUUAAGGCAGAAGUACUUUUUAAGGUAAAUUUAAACCUGCAGUGCAGAAGUUUUGUCUCCCCCUUCUGACAGUGAGAGUAAUUACACAAAACACUCGCGCGUGAUAUAAAGGCUCGGCCAAACUGAGUUGCUGCUCUCGCUACGUUGCUCCCCACUUCAGCUCUUCAUUGCUGGUUGGCAUUAAACGCAUCUCUACUGUUUUGCCAGCGUGGGAACAUUCGCCACCAGAAGUCAGAGAGAUUAAUCUGUCGGUGAUGCGCUUAAUCAGCAUUGUGUGAACUCAUUUGGCGAGGGCACAACUCACAUUUAGCAGCCUACACAUUCUCCACAAGGGGGAGCUGUUUGCUCAUCGUGAGCUCAGACAUCAGGUGCGUUCAAGAUGACUGCGGCUCAGUUUCGCUGACUUGAUAGUCAAACGUGAGCUGCCGGCGACUGCAGGGGCGUGGUAUAAAAACCCUGCCGUCAAGUCGAACACAUUCUGCUUCCCGUAGAGCGCGUGAGCUUAGAACAAUCGCUGAAAUGCCGCGAGAUCGCAGGACUCAGAAAACUGCAGCCGCGUUGCUCCCGCGAGGUUUAAAUGUCUUGUGGCACGAUGACCUUUUGCAGCGCCGGCAGAAAUAUCUAACCAGCAUGCAUCACAUUAAUUCAGGUUAAGACCUACACACAUGCCGAGCUGCGCCACCUAUAGCAAAAGAAAGUUUUAGGAGUUUAGACCUCUGGAUACUUUACAUACAUUACUCUCUUUCCAUGUUAUUCAUUUUAUAGCAAACGCCUGAUGUUUCAUUGUUUUCUGAAAAACUGGACUCUUGUUUGUAUAAAACUCUUGUCGGCUGAACAUUAGUGAUUUUCUGAGUCCACACAUGUACAUGUUAGCUGAGUCUCUGGAUGUGUGUAAAGAUGUAAAUAUUG